AUGGCAGACCUUAUGGGAUCUUCGAGCUUUCUACCUACGAUAAAAUGUUCGAGUUGUGCGAAAGAUAUUCAGAUUGCUAUGAUGGGAGAGCAUGUUUGCUCGGGACCUGGACCUGCUCCUGCUGGUGAACCUUCACCACCACCAGAAUCAAAUACCACUUUCGAUAGAAUGCCUUAUAAUAAGCAACCAUAUUCUAAUGGGCCAAGUCUUUUAAAGCCUGGAAGAACAAUGCCUCCAAGGGUUGAUACAUCUGCUGCGAACCGUCCUUUCUUCCAGCAAGAUCAAUGGACACCCGCGAAUAGUGCAUCUCCUUCUCGAAGUGCCUCUCCAUUAACUCCACACGGCCGACUUCGAAUACCAUUUGGAAAAUCUUCACGCGUCGGUGAGUCUUCACCACCUACACAAAGAGUUUCUCCCGCCCUAUUAUCAUCGAAUCUCGACUCUGCAUUCCCCCGUUUCCCUACAGCGAAAGUGUCGGGAUCACCUCGACUUAAGAGUGCGUAUGGCGGCCAAUCACCCAGAUAUGAACGGGCAGACUCGACGAUGCUCGCUCCCGCCAGUCCCAACGUAUCUAAGAGGCCGACAAAUGCUGCAUCUUUACCGAAAAUUGAUACGAGUGCGCCAGGAUCAUUUGAGUACAAUUCUUAUAAGGUUCCAAGUUCCAAAGAGGAGCCAACACAUCAGAGAAAACCAACUGUGGAUCGUUUCAAUGACAUCAUUUCACCGCCCUUGACUGCCGAGCCUGAGCAGAUUGACGGAACACUCUUCAGAGCUUCUGGACAUUCUAGAACUUCAACCAAUAGCUCGAGUAGUAAUUUCCCAAUGCCACCCCGCAGUAAAGGUUAUGGUGGACUUGGACAACCAUCCGGUGUGGCAGAAGGGUCCCAUGAACCUUUCCGUCCAGAAGCUACAAGAUCACAGACCUUCCCUCGGCGAAAAGAGAGCUUAGAUCUUCACGUUUCACGUAGAAACCCAUCUGUGUCAAGUAAUAGUCACGGUCGACGGGAGUCUAAUGAUAGAGGACGAAAGACAUCACUCUCUGGUGGUCCGGAUACGUCAAGAGCACUACCCCCACGAGGUGAAAGUCUCAUCCGAGGAAGGUCAGGACAUCAGGCUGGGGAGGUUCCACUAUUACCCAAUAUCAACUUGGAAGCAGAGUUUGGUGCUAACAAUCCAUAUCACUCCCUGUCUGAUUCUCAGUCAUCAACUCAUUCACAUCAUUCACAUCAUUCAUCUAUUUCGCAAGGAAGCAAAACCAGUUCACGAUCUAGUCCCCCAUCCACAGCAGACAAUGACUAUCAUCGGAGACAGCAGUCAAACCCUAGAAUGUCGGAUCUCAUGUCUGAAAUUACUUCAUCUAUGGCUAACAUUUUACCACACGACAGCUAUCUUAGACCCAGUGAUUUAGAGCCAGUAAAGGAACAAGAAUUAUACUCGCCUCUGAGUCCGGCAUUUCGAUCCCCAGAUUACGGCCCCAAUCCCAUAAGCCGCCUAUCGCCUACACCUCGUGUUCCCUCACCCGCGCCUCUCAAAUCCAUCAAUCGUGAACCCUCACCUGCGCCACUCAAUCCUCGAUUACGCAAUCUCUCACCGGCCCCUCUAAACAGCUUCCAACGAUCUCACACUGCCCCACUACUCGACCAACACAAACCACUUCCCGCUCCCCGCCGCCCCUCAGCGUCAAAAGGAAUUUGUAAAUCUUGUACUCUCCCCAUCAAAGGUAAAUCCAUAUCCUCCGCCGAUGGUCGUCUCACAGGUCGUUACCACAAACCUUGCUUUGUAUGCACGACUUGUCGCUCUCCCUUCCCCACCUUGGAAUUCUACGUCCACAACGAUGCCCCAUAUUGCGAACACCAUUACCAUCAAUUAAAUGACUCGAUGUGUCAUGGCUGCGAUAGGGGUAUUGAGGGACAAUAUUUGGAGAGUGAAAAGAAGGAAAAAUUUCAUCCUACAUGUCUGAAUUGUGCGGAUUGUAAGAGAAAUCUGAGACAUGAUUACUUUGAGAUGAAUGGAAAGAUUUAUUGUGAGAGGGAUGCUUUUAGGAGGGCACAGGGUGAUAGGAGGCACGGGGGUACUGGAGGUUUACUGGGUGGAGAAACAACGAAGAUGGAAAGGAGAACUACGAGGUUAAUGAUGAUGUAG